AUGAACACGCCAAGCCACGGCGAAGCCGACCGAGUACUCCGUCUUAAGCGCAAAGAACGGGAAGUAAGAGCAUGCUAUCCAUGCCGGAAAAGAAAAGUCAAAUGUGAUGGAACUCAACCCUGUCACACUUGCCAGAAGAGGAAUCACCCGCAUAUUUGCACUUAUGAUCCCAUCCGAGAUUCGAGGAGGGAGCCCUCCCAAGCUGCUAGUGCCCAGUCUGCAUCGCCAAGUCCAGCACGCCCACAGUCAAGAAGACAAGCCGAUGCUGUUGUUAGCCCGCCGGUUUCUACCUCUCUUCGACUAGAUGAUGCGGUGAAGAAUUAUGUCUACUCCGGGGAUAACUCGGUCGUCUCGAUAUUGCGUUCAAGGGCAUCGAAUGGGAAUGAAUCUAUGACUGAUCUGGGAUCGGUCCUGGGUCUUCAAAAUACUUUCAAUAGUUACCCGUUCAUGGACCUGAAGACCCCACAGGAACGGUGGAGCCUCCUACUCAGUGUUCUACCCCAGAGAAGUGAAGUCUUGAAAUUCUUCCACUACUACCGAAUCACAGCACACCCAUUCAAUCCGAUUAUCGCUGAUAUGGAUCGCUUCGAGUUGGAUCUCUGCACGUAUCUAAACGCAUACUCCGCGGGGGAACUGCGUGAGCAUGACAAAAUCUCUGAUCGCUGGGUGACAGACAAGUCAAUUGGUCACAUCAGUCUCCUACUAGCUGCCCUGGCUGCUGGUGCUCAUUAUUCAGAUAUUGGGUACCCCCAACGAUUGGAGUUGGCAACUGAUUUCGUCCGCCGAUCAUUCCAUGCCCUCCGUCUAGCCAACUUCCUCUUCCGACCGUCCCUCGACACCAUACAAGCACUUCUCAUCAUCGGCAACACCCUACAGAACAUGGGUCAAUCAGACGCGGCUUGGGCGCUGCUAGGAACGACCGUUCGGCUUGCUCAGACGAUGGGAUUACACACAGAGCGAAGCAAUGUUCAUUGUCCGGAAUAUGUGCGAGCCAAAGCAAAAACACUUUGGUCCACUAUAGUCUGGCAAGAUAGCUUGUUAUCGAUGAGCUACGAUCGCCCGCCAAUCGUCACGGUAACUGGGUGGUCGGCUGACCCUAGUACCUUACAGAAAGACAACCUGUCAUAUCUUCAGAUCAUGCAUUCCCUCUGUCGCCUCGGUAUAGAUAUCAUGCGGCCAGAAUCUUCCGGUGCCAGUGAGUUUGACCGAGCAGUCAAAGCGCUACACCGCUUGGAUACACUAUACCAAGGCGGAAAACCCCAUCUCCAGAUACGAAGCAAUUGCACAACUUUGCAGGAGCACCUGGAGCACCUAGCACUUAGAAUGCAUUCGUCUUUCUGUGUGUCCGUGGUAUGCCGCCCGGCAAUGAAACAGUCUCAGCCGCAACCACAGCUCCCUCAGACCGAGAUUCUACGAAACCGGGCAAAGGGAAGCCUGAUUGAAGCUUCCCGGGCAUUUCUCGAUUUCCAGGCGCUGAGUGUGAUACCACUGCGUAGCUGGUCCAUGGUGCAUACUGUUUUAAGCUCAACUCUGCUUCUCUAUAUGUGGGAAGAAACUCGAAAUGACCCUGAAUGUCGGGACCUACAGCAGCGCGUCAUUGAUGUGUUCACUUCAUCGGACUCCCGAACAAUCGAGGAAGGAGGUGCAGAGAAUGAUAUUCAUUGGUUGUCUGCGAGACAUAUUCGUGCUUUGGUUACUCUUCGUGGUGCUUUAGACCGGCAGCAAGAUAACAGUGCUCGUGAGAACGAGACAUGGGCAGGACCUGGUUUCAAUCCUGGUUUCUUCGGAUCCGGUAUGCCUGAUGCGUUUUUCGAUGUUGCAAACCCGAUUGACAACUCGCCUGUAUCUUAUCUUGAUUCGAUCAUGAAUGUUCCGAUGUUCGACUUUGCUCAAGAAAACGGCUUCCUAUGA